AUGGAGGGUUGUAGCUGGCGUGUUUAUGCUUCUCGUUGUGAAGCUACUGACUGUUUUGUAAUUCGGACGUUAAAUAAUGCGCAUACAUGUGCUGGUCGGAUACGAGAAUCAAAGAGUAAGAUGAUGAGGUCUCGUGUGGUGUGUUCUCUCUUUAUGGACAUAAUUCGUGAAAAACCAGAGCUGAAGCCAGUUGAGAUUAUACGCGAGUUCAAAGAUUAUUACGAUAUAGACAUUUCAUACUACCACGCAUGGUUUGGCAAAGAGUUAGCUAAAUUGGACGUUCACGGUGAUGAGUCGAAGUCCUUCAACGAGUUAGUCUGGAGCAAGUACAAGGGGCAGCUUCUCUAUGCUUCCGGAAAGAAUGGGAAUCAAGGGUUUUUAACAGGACCUGCCCUGGAAUUCCUCGGAAACUGGGACGGACCCCGUCUUUUUUAUCCUCUAGCUUUUGGAGUUGUUGAUUCUGAGACAGAGGAGAAUUGGACUUGGUUUCUUCAACAUUUGGCUGCUAUAUUGCUACCGAUAGGGAGAGUGGUGACCUUUUUCUCGAACCGCAAUCAGGGUUUGUUAAAUGCAAUGGGGUUUGUGUUUCCUGGAUGGCCUCAUUUUCACUGUUAUUAUCACCUUAAAUUGAAUUUGAUAUCGAAGUACCCGAAGUCAGGUUAUGGGAAACUGCUCCAACAUCGUGUUAUCAAUUUAUUUGGUAGAUGUGCAUAUGCUGUUACGAAGGAAGAGUUUAAGGUAGCAAUGGAUGAGUUGGUGAUUGUUGGGAGUUCGAAAGUGAAGACAAUUAUAUAUGAUUUGUCUAGAGAUCACUAUGUCAACGCAUUUUUCAAAGGAAUGCAUUAUGGGGAGAUGGAAAACAGUUUAGCCGAGUCGCUUAAUAAUUGGGUUGGUGUGUUUCGAGAUUUGCCCGUGCUACCUUUGAUUGAAGGGAUUCGACAGAAAUUGAUGGUAUUGAAUUCUCAACGACGAAUUGAAGCGGAGAAGUGGACAACAAUUUUGUGUCCGAAGAUGGAAACUAGACUGUGGGAAAAUGCAGAGGCCGGUAGGACUUGGGCAGUUCGUCGUUCUCGUUGCACUGUUUUUGAAGUAUUUGCUGAUUAUUCUGUGAUGGUUGAUCUCGAGCAAAGGACUUGUUCUUACCGUCUUUGGCAAAUUGAUGGUUUUCCUUGUACGCAUGCGGUGUCUGCAAUUCUAGCAAAGAAAGAUUCAGUUUAUGAUUACGUGGAGUGA